AUGGGGCUGAUUCAGAGUCUGAUAUUUUUGCUAUCUCUUCAGCUCUUGCACCUGAUAGAUUCUGUGGUAUGGCUAAAUGAGAAUGGCUAUGAGGAUUUGGUUGUUGCAAUUAAUCCCCAGGUGCCAGAAGAUGUCAACAUAAUCCGAAACACAAUGAACAUGAUUAAAAAUGCUUCUAAUCACUUGUUUGCAAUGACAAAACAUCGAUUUUUCUUCAAGUCUGUAAAAAUUAUAAUUCCUAAAACAUGGAGGAGAAAUACCAACUAUUCAAGAAUAAAAACAGAAUCAUAUAAUCAGGCAGAUGUCAUCAUAGCAGACUAUUACCUGAAACACGUAGAUGAACCUUAUACCUUACAGUAUGAAGGAUGUAAGGUGAAAGGACGGUACAUUCAUUUCCCACCAAACUUCCUGUUAAAGGAAAAUUUGACUAAGGUUUAUGGAGAAAAAGGUCGAGUUUUUGUCCACGAAUGGGCUCACUAUCGGUGGGGGGUGUUUGAUGAAUAUAGUAGUGACAUGCCUUUUUAUGUGUCUGAAAAAGCAACUGUUAAAGCAACAAGCUGUCCAGCUGGUGUGACUGGUAUUCCUGUUUUCCAAAACUGCAGCGGUGACAUAUGUAAGCCAAGAAGCUGUAGAUAUGAUGGUCAGCUGUAUGAAAAAGGAUGUGUAUUUAUUCCAGAUAUACGACAAAAUAUCUCAUGUUCUGUUAUGUACAUGCAAUACGCACAUCCUGUGGUUGAAUUUUGUGAUCAAAACACUCACAAUAGUGAGGCUCCAAAUAUGCAGAAUAAGAUAUGCAACCACAAAAGUACAUGGGAAGUAAUUAUGGAAUCUGUUGACUUUCGCAACUCGACUGUUCUAAAUACUUCUGCACCCCCCCAUGAGACUACCUUCAGCCUACUGCAAGCCCAAGACAGAGCAAUUUCUUUAGUACUGGAUAUAUCUGGGAGCAUGAGAAUGCACAACCGCAUUGAAAACCUCCGUAUUGCUGCAGAGCAGUACCUGCUCCAUGUUGUUGAAACCAGCUCCUGGGUUGCAAUUGUCACAUUUGACUCUGAUGCCAUUGAAAGAGCUCCUUUGCAACAAAUAACCAAUGAUGAGGCACGCCAAAAGCUUGUGCAGUUUUUGCCUACAAUUCCUAGUGGACUGACCAAUAUCUGUGCAGGGAUACAUAAAGGACUUACGGUAAUUGCAAAUAAAAUGAAUACUACAUAUGGCUCAGAAAUUGUGUUAUUGACGGAUGGAGAGGACCCAAGCAUAGCAGCUUGCUUUAAUCUGGUGAAACAAAGUGGGACUAAAGUUCACACCAUUGCACUGGGGCCACAGGCAGACAAAAAUCUAGAAAAGCUUUCAGAACUAACAGGAGGUUUAAAGCUUUGUGCUCAAGAUGGAGUUGUCCCCAGCAAAUUAAUUGAUGCGUUCACUGCAAUUACAUCAGGAAAUGGAGAUAUUUCCAAACAAUCUAUUCAGCUUGAAAGCGAAGAGUUAGUUGUUCAGCAGUCUGCAUGGAUGAAUACUACUGUGCCUGUUGACAAAACUGUGGGAAACGACACUUCCUUCAGCAUUGCAUGGAACCUGUCUCAGCCAGUUUUUUUCCUGAGGGACCCCAAAGGAAAAGAAUAUGGAAGCUCAGACUUUAAAAUUGAUAAUUCAAACCCCUACACAGCUAGACUCCAUAUACAUGGCACUGCAGAGGUGGGUGAUUGGCAGUUCUAUAUUAAAAAUGUUCAUACAGCAGCUCAAGCCAUAUCAGUAACAGCUAUCUCUCGACCAGCAUGUUUUAAUGUUGCUCCUGUGAUUGCUACAGCUCACAUGAACAGGGCAAAUAGAGCAUUUAAUCCAGUGGUUGUUUAUGCAGAGGUUAGCCAAGGGUUUUGGCCUGUUCUUGGUGCAACUGUGACAGCCACCAUUGAGAAGGAUGAUGCUGUAGCAGUAACCCUUGAACUUCUUGAUAAUGGCGCAGGUGCUGACAUGAUAAAGAAUGAUGGAAUCUACUCAAGAUACUUUACUUCUUUACAAGGCAGUGGAAGAUACAGUCUAAAAGUGAAGGCCCAUGGGAGAAAUGCAAUCACCAGACUUAGCCUCAAGCAAAAUCAAGCCUCGCAUAAUCCAGGCUACAGAGAAAAUGGUAAAAUUUACAUGACUGCACCAAGACCUGAAUCUGCUGAUAAAGAAAUCCAAGUCAAGCUGGGAAGUUUCAGCAGAAUCUCAACAGGUUCUCUUGUAGUGAAUAUGGGAGAUCCUGCUCCUAUUUAUCCGCCCUGUAGAGUUACAGACCUUCAUGCUCGUAUAGAAAACAAAACAAUAGUGUUGUCUUGGACAGCUCCAGGAGGUGACUUUGACAACGGAAAAGCUGAUCACUACAUAAUAAAAAGCAGUGAAAAUCUUCUGGACCUAAGGAAUAACUUUGAUCGUGCUACUUCUGUGAAUUGCUCUAAUCUCAUACCUAAGGAAGCUGGUAGAGAAGAAUCAUUUGAAAUUAAACCAGAAAGUUUCGUAACAGAAAACGGCACCAUAAUGUACUUUGCUAUACGUGCUGUUGAUGAUACCAACUUGAUUUCAGAAAUGUCUAAUAUAGCCCAAACUGCAUGGUUCCUUCCUCCAAAAGCAUUUGUGCCUUUAGAUCAUCAAGGCAACAAUAACGGUGCCAACAUUGCAGUAACAGUGCCAAUAGCAGCUCUGUGUGUAGCAGUUGCCUGUACUAUUGUAAAUGCAACUCUGUGUUUUUUUAGCAGAAAGAAGGGAAGACUGGAUAUUGAAAAAAUGCAAAAGCAUGUGUAA